AUGCCGGGUUUAACAAGCAUGCUGGACGAUGACCCGCCGUCUGGCGGUGUAAACGGGCAUCCAAAUGGCUCCAAGCGCCCAGGACGCACGUUUCCUCACAUCGAUGAUCUUGUGAAUAACACCACCACCGACAUCGACCCGCACGCACCCAUCGACACACUCCUUCGACUGGCCCAGGAAGGGCUUAAGCAUGCAGAGAGCUCGAGGUCGUUUGGCCGGCCGGACCUGGCGCUCAAGGAGUACCUUCGGACAAACGACAUCCUCCUCACAAUUAUUCCGCACAGCAAAGACUGGACGUCCCUACGGCGAGACAGAAAUAAGCAAGGGCAGGCCUAUAAUAAACUCUUGAAACAAGUCAAGGACGCGGUUGAUGAUUUCGAGGCUUGCAAGGAGCGAAUACGGGAGGAUAAUGCGAGAACGGGUGUCCAACCGACUGCCCAUCAGUCCAGUGCAGGCUCAGGGUCCGGGCCGGCAGUGGCACAGACAGGUGCCGUGAACGGUCAAAGAGAGAACCUUAGAUAUGUGGGGGGCAGUGGGACGAGGGAGAACGGGGUCCCAGCCUCCCCUCCUCCCAGGACCAAACCCGUGGUCCACCCAAAACCACAAAGCCUCCACGGUAAGGCAAUCCGCCCCGGUUCUGCGACAACCCCCGUCCUGUCGCAAGACCUAGUGCAGAGGUUUGCGAGCUUACGGGGGGCUCCGGACGCCACCCAGAGCGCUCACACGAGGACCCAGUCGGCUGUUUCUCCCUCCAGCGUGUCGAUGAACGGGGUGAUUACUGGGCUGCCCAGGCCUCCAGAUGCAAUCUACAACCCGCCAAGGGGCACGAUCACUAGCGAGACAGCGGCCCUUCCUUCCAGCGCCCCCCGGGGCAUGUUCACAAGGACAAAUUCGACAGCGUCGCUCAAUGGAGCGAGGAAUCAUAAACCACAACCACAACCACCCCAACUUGCGCCAGUGAAACGACCAAAACUGUCGAUACCAGACGGGGACACGAUAACCAGUCAGGAGCUCUUUCGACUCAUGCAGGCCGGCGCUAGGGAUCUCUCGAUUCUCGUCAUCGAUAUCCGAAGCCGCGAAGAAUUUGACGACGGGCAUAUCAUGUCCCAGGCGACCAUCUGCCUGGAGCCCGAGGUACUGUCGAGACACCACAUCUCGGCGAACGAUCUUGCUGAGAGCAUGGUUCUGGCGCCCAACUCGGAGAGACUGCUCUUUGAGAAGCGCCACGAGUUUGGCAUGGUGGUGUAUUACGACUACGACUCCGUUCGCAUUUCGGACCGGCCACAGGACCCGCAGGCAGAAGCUGUUUUGAAUCUAUACAACGCACUCAGCCAUUACGAUUUUGACGCCACACCAGAGUCAAGGGUAGUCCCGAAACUACUGCGCGGCGGCCUGGAGGCCUGGGUAGGUUUAGUUGGCAGCGGGAGUCUCCAGUCGUCGACCACAGCCACUACAUCAGGGACCUCGACAACGCCGAUGGUGCGGUCUUUCGCGAGCCGUCGCCGCCAAACGUACGUGACCCGACCAAUCCAGGACGCAGCCGAGGCGAAGCGGUGGGAGGAGACUAUUGCAGAGGCCGGUGGGAUAUCACCCAUUCGAACCACCGAGGACUUUCUGCGCCGUUUCCCUCCGAUCUCCGAGCACCGCGAGUCCAUGGUCUCGUCGCCCGUCAGCCCCCCAGCCAGCCGACCGCAAAGCCCAUUCCACUCGCGAUUGUCCCACGAGGAAAACCUCUACACCUCGCUUCCCUCGCCGCCUAUGCGCCCUCCUCCGGCAAUUCCCCGCCGAAGUUAUAGUGGGCUGGCCGAAGCCGAGGACAGCGCCGUCGUGAUGGCGAAGAAAGCCGGGGCGCAAGCCGUAGAUGGCGUCGAACGGAAACACCGUACCGGGCUGCAAAAUCCGGGGGUCUUUUGCUUUGCAAACAGCUCGCUGCAAGCCAUGUUCGCUACGCCGGGCUUCGCGCAGGAGGUGUGGACCGGCGCUUGGAAGGGGGUGUACAAGGUGCCUAUGAAGCCGGAUGAGAACCUUGAGAACCCGCAGCUACUGACCAAGUGUCUGGCCAACCUGUUUCACUGGCUCAACCAGGGGUCGUUCCAGUCGCUCGCGGCCAAGACGUUUAUGGAAUACAUACACUUUAUCCAUGCCAAGAAUGUGGAUGGUAGCAGGAAGUUGGACUCCGAAGUCUUCGGCGGUUGCUCGCAGCAGGACGCCCAAGAAUUUUACUCGUUCAUCAUGGACAACAUCCAUGAUGAGACCAACAUCCGGCGCGACCGAACCCCGCCCAAGGAGGACAAGCAGUACACGCCGAAAAACGGCAGCAUUAUCCAGAAUGCCAUCGCCUACUGGCGUGACUACUCCCAGUACAGCUCCUCACUCAUCGACAAAUACUUCCGCGGCCUCGAAGUCUUCAUCUCCCGCUGCCAAAACCCCGCCUGCCGGCAAGAAAUCCGCCUCUUCCAGCCCUGCGACGUCUGGAUCCUCAAUCUCGCCGGCAUGGGCGAUAUCACCGACCUCGAUGCCCUCCUAGCGAACCAUCAAACCUCGGAACAUUUCCCAGACCUCAUCUGCGAGACCUGCAACACCCCCGGCCGCAUGCGCAAAGCCCGCUUCGCCCGCCUCCCCGACCGCCUCGCCUUCUGCCUCAACCGCUUCAACAGCGCCGGCGCCGGCGGUGACUUCGGUUUCGGCAGCCGCCUGCUCCCCUCAUCGUCCGGGAAAAUUCACUCCAAAGUCCGUUUCCCCAUCCGCGAUCUCGAUCUCACGCGGUACUGUGCCGAGCCAGACCCGCAACAAACCAACGGCGCGACAGACCGGCAUUUUGCGGGGUCGAUGGUGUACGAUUGUUAUGCGGUGACUGUGCAUGUCGGGCCGGGGAUUAAUGGCGGGCAUUAUUACAGUUAUGUGCAGGAUGAGAUGUCGAAGGAUCCUACGGACUGGUUUAGGUGUAAUGAUGACGUGGUUAGUCGGGUGAAGGUUGCGGGUGGAGGGGGGAGGGUGCUGGGGGAUGUUACGGAGGAUAUGUACCAGAAUGGCAGUGCCUCGGCGUACAUGGUUUAUUAUCGGCGGAGGGGGACGUGA